GUAAUUCUGAUGUUUAUAUGAAUGUGUAAAACUUCAGUCGUGUUUCAAAAUGUCCAGGAGUACGUUCAGAUAUGCUGUUUUGUUAUUUCUUGGAAUUAUUAUCGUCAUUCAAGUUAAAAUUUUUUGUCAAAGUUCUUUACAGCAGUUAACAAGGCCGUGUUAUAAAAAUGUGUUCAAAGAUACACUUCUGGUCAUGAAUUUCAACUACGCAUUUUAUGGAAAUAAAAAAAUAUUACAUGAAUUAUAUGACGAUGUAUUUGGAAAGGUUUUAACUUGUGGACCAGCUCCUGAUAAUCCAAACAAUGAAGGGCCAGAUAUUUUGUAUAAAGAGGAGAAGAUAUGGUAUUUCAGAUACCGAUGUUUGACAAAAGCAAUACGAAAAUAUCCUGGAUUUAAAGGUUAUAUCUAUAGCAACGAUGAUAUCCUCAUUAAUUGGUGGAAUCUCCUUCAAUUUGAUAGAACAAAAAUUUGGCAAAGUGGAUCAGUAGACUGGAGGCAAAAAGCAUAUGGCGAGGUAAUAAGAGGUUCGUGGGUUUGGUGGAAAUCAAAUAUGGGAGUUAAAGCAUGUCAAAAGUAUUACGAACAAUUAAAAGUACUUGCCGCAAGUCAUCCUAAAUUAUACAAGAAUUACCUAAAUGUAUAUUUACAAAAUGGUAAAGGUGAAGCAAGAUGUGCCAAAGGCUGGACAGAUAUGUUUUACGUGCCAGGUAGAUUUGCCCAAGAUUAUGCAAGGUUGUCUGACAUUGCAUACGAGAAUAAAUUAAUCUUGGAAAUAGCUGCUAACAAUAUCAUCCGAACGUUAGAUCAUGUAGAAAAUUUCGAAUACUUAAAUGGAACCUAUCUUCCCGAUUUGAAAGUGAGAGAUAUCUCUGCACGAAAUUUUUGGAGACAUUAUAGGUUUAAUAUGACUUUUAUUCAUCCAAUCAAAUUAAAUUCCAAGGAUGGUAAGGAAGUGAGUCAAAGAAUUAUUCGAAAUAUGGUAGUGCAUUAUAAAAAAUUGUUGAUCUGCAGUAGUUAAGGUCGCUGACAUUUUAAAAUUAAACUUUAAGGCCGAUUUCCACUAGACAGAAUAUUUCAUUCACAAAAUUAGAAAUUCUAAUUAACAGAAGUGUCGACAAGAGCAUGCAUCUACACGUUUAAAUUUGUUAAGCUGCAAUAUCUCAUUAUCCAAUCGAAAAAAUUUUUGAAAAAAUUCAGGCUAUUAAAGAUGGAUAUGGGCGUGAACGUUUCUAGAUAAUUUGCAGUAAAAUUACCUAACAAAAAUCUCACUAUGCGCUAUAAAAAUUGUAACUCAUUUCAUGCUGUUUUUAUUGAAUGUCGUUCGAUGGAGCAAUUGCAUUGCUAGAAAUAUACAUAUUUAUAAUUGAUUUCCUAAGGGUCCCUUGACAUCUUCUAGCGCCAAGGACGGUGAAAAGGUUUGCGAUAGUGAUAGACCGUACAUCAAGUUUACAGUCAAUUACAGAGGUUUAUUGUUCUUAAGGAUUCCAUCAACCUCGUUCCCAGGGCAUUUUGUCUUGUUGAUGAAGCUGAUAGUGUAAUAACGGCUCAGGGGCCACAAGAUCCUGGGGACGAGGUUGGGUAUUGCAUCCUACAGAAUAGUAUUUUUUGUAAUUUUUUCUUCGAUCACAAUAUUUUGCUAAACCUACUAGCCAAACUGACCAAUCAUCUUAACAGCGCGGCUACUUUAGUACUUCUUUCUCCCUUUGAAUCUCAUUCUCUUAAUUGUUUGACUUGGGGAAUGUUUAUACCAGAAGAAUCAAUUGAGCAAAGUAAUCUCAUGAUUAUGUUAACCAUAGAGAUGUUGCAUAUAAACGAUGUUAAGAAACCUUACAUAUUAACUUACAAUAAUUUAUCAUACCACAUUAUAUCGUUAUAAUGUUACCUCCAAUCGUUUUGACGAUUUAUUUUAUCGAUAUAAUUUUGAUGUAUCGUGUUUAUACAAUUAAUGCCAGUCGGUUCUUUUCUGCGAAUACAAUUUACGAAUAUCGUUCACAUUUUAAAAACAAAUCUUUAAUUCCAGCACUUAACACUUGCUUCUCACUAAAAUGAAACAAAAAUUGCAUAAGAUACAGCAAAACCCAACCUCGUCCCCAGGGACUUUUGCCGUCAAGUAAGCGCUAGCUUUUGGGACGAGGAUGAGCAAAAGAGGCAAAAUUUUCUUGACGUCGACCUCAAAGAAUUCCAUCGCAAAUUUACAAAGGUGUUUAAACAGAUCUAACUCUAAAGAAAAAUUUGCUCACUUAAUUUCCGCUUAUUGCAAUUAUAGCAAAUUUUCAUUUUUUUUGGAUUCUCAGGACAAAUUGUAAUGACAAUUAGAAAACCACAACUGUAAUACUGUAUGUAAUGUAGACAUAUGGCAGACAUUUUUAUCUAAUUUAAAACAAGCCCUUAGUUCAAUUUAACAAUGCAAAAAAUGGGAGAAUUAGGUCCAAAAGCAUCGCAUUGUUUUCAUUCCCCACGCAAUAACGUUUCACUCUCUAGAUUUACAAAUAAUAUAUGUUAGAGAAACGUUUGACUGAGGUUUUACCAUACUUCGAUCUACCCCUGUGGACGUUUCAUUGCCACCCCUUAA